CGGCGGGGGAUGGGAAGGAGAGAGGCUGAGCGGCUUGUCUUGUUUUGGAAGGUUCAGUCAACGUUGUCACACCUUUAUUUUACCUGUUUUUCGCAAUGGCUCAUACGAUCUUACUAGUGCAGCCUGGGCCCAAACCAGAGACCAGGACGUUUUCCGAUUACGAAAGCGUGAACGAGUGUAUGGAAGCAGGAGUGUGUAAGAUCUACGAGGAGCAUCUGAAGCGGAUGAAUCCCAACACCCCAAGCAUCACCUACGACAUAUCACAACUCUUCGAUUUUAUUGACCAGUUGGCUGACCUCUCCUGCCUAGUGUACCAGAAGAGCACUAACACCUAUGCACCCUAUAACAAGGAUUGGAUAAAGGAGAAAAUCUACAUCCUGUUGAGACGCCAAGCUGCUAAGGCCAAUUAAAAUGACGACGUUGCAACUAACUCACUAACUCACUAACUGGAAAUAUUUGAAUGUUUUUUAUUAUUUUUUUUCUGGGCAAUUUAGAAAAAAAAACUGGAUUAUUUAAAAUAAAAAACAAAAAAAAUAUAACAUCUGCUGGAUAUCUUGGUGUUGUGUGUGUGUGGAUUUGCAGGAGGAUCUAAGAUACAGUGUAAGUAAGGACAGUGUCAGAAUAGUCAGGUUUAAUAUGGUUAGGUAAAAAAGGUGAAACAAAUCAAAAUUGGAAAGUAACGCCAAGAAACAUCCCAGUAAACCACUUCCUCAGAUUGUAAAAAAAAAAUAAAAAUGUAAAUCAUGAAGACUUUAGAUUGUAAAAGAAUGUAAAUACUGUAAAUCCAUCCUGAAGGUGAGAGAUAAAAGGGUGUGAACACCACACGUAAGAGGUUGUCCAAGUUUACACCUAAAAAGAAAAAAAGAAGAAAUUUCAUCCAAGUGAAAAUGUCAUCGUGAAUAUUUGAUGCAAUUGGACAGGAAAAACUUUUAUACUCAUCAACUCCGAAAGAAUGUUCAAAUUGUGUCCGAAUUGGGUAGUAAUGUACGAUGUCAAUAUUUUUCAUCAAUCAAAAUGAACGACGUGUAUAAGAUCAUUAUUAUACAUGGCAGUUGGUGAGAAUAUGUACAGGGUGUGUGGGAAGGAUGGUGGUGAUCGCGUGUAGACGUUUGCAUUACAACAGCAAAAUUGUCCUCCCUGGUUGAUUUGCGAGGUCUCCGACAGGUGAGGAAAACAUUGCUGUCCUACAAGCAUUUCACGCGAUCUCCGGGAAAAAAAAGUCUGUAAGGCAGCGCGUGCAUGAGUGUAUGUGCGCGUGUGUACGGUGCAUAUUUCCCAGACGCCCUGUAGAAGUAGUUCCCAAAUAUCCCCGGGAAAAACAGUACAAACCAUAAGUGUGCGAGUGUGUGUGUGUUGAUCCCGUCGUUCUGGAUUUUAAGUUUCUGCGUCCAUAUACCGUCACGUAAUUAUUUCAGGAGAGAUGAUUUUGUUUUCUUUUAACGUGCGUGCGGAGCCGAGCGAGACCUGUGCCUCUGUGCGAUUAUUAUUUUGGCCGCUGCCACCACCACAGUUAUUGAUAUAAUGUCACUUGGGUUCGGGGUCUGGGGGUUUCUUUUGGCAUUGUAUGAGGCAUCGAAUGGUUCUUAGUAGUUCUGAUCUGUAGUAGUCUGUCUGUCUGUCUCAUUGUGGAUUAUUAUUAUUUUUUUUUAAUAUUUGUGGAUAAGUAACUGCACCUAUCCUUACCGUGACAGUUAUUUUUUGUGGGGAUUAAAGUGUAAUUAACAGUCAAAUUUUGGGGGGAAUAACUUUAAUUAACAGUCACUGGGCAGUCAUUAGUUAUACACAGUUCAGGAAAAUUGACUAAGUCAAUCAACAAGAAGGAGUAAAGAAGACUGUCGAUAUAAAUAAUUUUGGCUUUGUGUACGUGUCGGGUUAUUUAAUUUAAUCUAUACAGGAAUUUUGUGCCCCAUUAUUUCUUGCUUGUAAUGCAAUGUUUAUUUUCUUCAUGGGCUAGAGGCAUUCCAGGACCUCCCCCAAAGCUGCAUUUAAGAACACCCGUUAACUAUUCCGACAUUGUUUACGCCUCGCACAACAAACGCGUCGGUCCGUUCCUCAUUUCGUCCGUUCAUGGAAGCACAUUAACGGACUUUUAUUUUAUUUGUUAAUCCCAGAAAAAUAAUAAUAAAGGCUUUGAGCUAAAACAGUGGUGGGUACAGUAUUUUGUACGAGACUUAUUUUCUCAUCGUGGCACAUAUAUAUUUAUAUUGUGAUGGAACAAACGUACUUUUUUUAUUUAUUUUUUUUUAUGGUGACUCAAGAUUUGUGAAGUCAUUCGAUGUCAUGAGGAUUUCCUCAAGUCACUUUCGAUGUCACACUCAUUUAGUAUAAUAAUUUUAAGUGUUCAUCUGUCUGAUGACUAUACACAUAACUUAGGGUCUCCUGCAUUAAAAGUAAAAAAGAGUAUAUAGAAUAAUUUACUCCCAAUUAUUUUUUUCAUUUCUUACUCAUUCUUCAUGUGUUAAUAUGUAUUUAGAAUAUUCAUAAUAAAAAUCAAUGAAAAGUAA